AUGGGAGAUGAAUUUCUAACCGUACCAGAGGGCGUCUUGGUCGCUAAAAAAGACUUCGAAAUCCAGCACGAUGACAUCGACACCAAGAACUUGUACGUCAUUAAGGCCAUGCAAUCGUUGACCUCCAAGGGAUACGUCAAGACCCAAUUCUCGUGGCAAUACUACUACUACACUCUGACCGACGAGGGUAUCAACUACCUGAGAGAGUACCUUGCUUUGCCAGAGACCAUUGUUCCAAACACCUUGGUUGCUGAGCCAAUCCAGGAGAGACCACAAGCCAGACCGCAGAAACCUACAAUCAUCAACAACUACUACUACGUAUCGCCGCCGCCGCAACCAGGCAACGUUGCUCCUCCACAGCCCCAGCAGAUCCCGCAUCCCUAUCUGAGUCCUGGUUCCUCAUUCACGAGGGCGUCCCUGGAAAACAGACCAUCGUCGCUUUCGUCUCGCCCGCAACGGCCACAGCUGCUGGCAAAGGUGCCCAGCACGUCAUCUGAGGAGUCUGAGAUCUAUUCUUCGCCGUCGCUGGCCCGUCUCGAACUACACCCACGGCUGCCCCAAAUCGACCUUGACGACCCGGUCCCUGAUCCACAAGUACCUAAUCUGCUGAGUCUGCUCUCGCGCAUGGGUCCCGACUCGAUUUCCGUUCACAACCAGCAACUCUACGACGCAUUCUCACGGUUUGGCAAGGACUCCAUAGAUUACGAAGAUUUACGACAGCUGCUGGUCAAUCCGGAAGGAACGUAUUUCAAAUCUGACAGCGCCAGACGCCUCUGCAACACUUUCGUGUCCACCACGUCUGAGUUGGAGUUUCGCGAUUUCAUCAGAUUGUGCAAGUUCCUCAAAGGAUGCUACGACUCGUUCAAGUAUCACGACUCAGAUAAAUCAUGCUACUUAGAGCCCGCAGAGUUCUCCAAGUCGCUCAGAUACAACCAGAUCACGUGCCCGGACAGACUGCUGCAACAGAUAUACAGGAAUUCGCCAAACUUGAACCUCGAAGCCUACGUUCUCGCGGUGAUCCUGAUCCGCAAACACGAGCGCGAACACCUUUACACCGGCUAG